AUGGAGACACGAGUGGUGCGGUGUGCGGCAAAGCACAUGAGCACAGGAGCACACACUCCAAGGCAGCAUGCAGCUGACCAGCUGCCUCCCGACGCUGGUAUCCCUCCACCCGCCUCUCCAUCAACCCAUCCCCUCCUGCACUUGCCCCUCCCCCUCCCACUGCACCCACCACCCCUCCCCCCAUUCCUCCCAUCCCUCCCAUUGGCCCCAUUCCCCCCAUUCCCCCCAAUGCCCCCAUCCCUCCCAUUCCUCCCAAACCUCCCAUCCCUCCUGCUCCUCCCAUUCCACCCAUUCCGCCUGCUGCCCCCCCAGCAGCAGCGUCAGCAGCAGAAGCUGGAUUGA